AUGUCCGUCGGAAUUUUAGUCGGUGGAACUGAAAAUGUUCACGCAUUCCUCGACAACCUCAAAGCACCACUCGAACUCGUCGCCUACCGCACAAGAUUCUACCAACUUGUCCUCUUGACCCACGACGCCAAGAAGGCCGAUGCGGAGGUUGUGAAGCAGGUAGAGAGCCCCUUGCUGAGUGGUUCGCUCUACCCGGGUCUGCAAGCGCUGGAUGAGCACCUCGGCUGUGACUUUCAAUUCGGUGGUGUCGACCAGCGCAAGAUCUUCACCUUCGCCGAGCUCUACCUCCCAUGCCUCAGCUACGCGAAGCGUGCGCACCUCAUGAACCCGAUGGUGCCAGGCCUCGGCGGGGGCAAGAUGUCCUCCUCGGACCCCGACUCAAAAAUCGACUUCCUCGACGUGCCCGACGUCGUGUGGUGCAAGAUCAAGAAGGCCUUCUGCGAGGAGGGCAACGCGGCAGACAACGGCGUGCUCGCGUUCGUGAAGGCUGUGCUCAUACCGAUCAGCGAGAUGCACCUCGAGCACAUUCAUGGCGACACCGGUGCAGACGCGGACGAAGGCAUGGAGGCGCUCGGCAACCAGACGCACUUCGCGCUCCCUGGUGCGCCGGAGGGCACCGUGUUUAGCGUCUUUAGGAAGGAGGAGUACGGAGGCUCGUUGCACUGCCAGAACUUUUCGCAGCUCGAGCAGGAGUUUCCGGAGAAGAAGGUACACCUGAAGGAUUGUGAAGACGGCGGUGGCAGAUGCGAUCGAAAAAGUGUACCAUCCGCCUCCACGCGCAAGGGCAAGAAUGCACAGCCCGCUGCGGAAGAGAAUGUGGAUGGCGUGGCGCCACCCGGAGCGGCUCAUUCUGCAGUAGAAGCUGCGAAACAGGAGGAGGCAUCAUCCUGA